UCUCCCUCAUCGUCUCGCCUUUCUCCUCUACUCUUCCUCACCCUGUUUCACCACUCUAAUGGCAUACUCUACGCGCUUCAGCUGAAAAGCGGCCACCGAAUUUUUCUCAGUUAUGAUGGAUGAAGGCGAAUUUGAAAUUGGUGGAGAAAAGAUUGCUGAAGAUGUUCUUAAGACAUCUUACGAAGCAAAAUUGCAGGAACUUCUUCAUUAUGUUACCUCGAUGGAAAUCAAGUUGUGUGCUGAUGCCACAAAAGAAUUCAUUAAGUUACUUAAAAGUAGUCAUGGAGGUCAAUUGCUUCAUAAGUAUGUGCAGACUUCUUCCAAGUUAACUGAACUUCUGGAAGCUUGGAAGCUUCGUCGAGGGAAACCGGGCAUUUCCUACAUUUUUAGGUUAAUCUCUGCUAUUCUGAGCCAUCCCGAUGGAAAGUGUCGACAGUUUGAUGCCAGUAGAACCUUCGUUCACAGGGCUCUUGACAAGCUUUCCAGGCUGGUUGUUGAUGAAAAGUUGGAAGAUGUUUAUAAGGAACUGGACAGCAAAGAAGCUAAGCGCCAGAAUGCUGCACUUCAGCUUAUGGCUUCAAUCGUAAGGCGGGGUUCCGACUUAGCCUCUGAGGUUGCGAAGAAGUUUGACUUUAAAAGCCAGGGCUUUCACAGGCUUUGCGUGUAUAAGAAGAAGCAGAUUGAUGUCAAAAGGAAGUAUUCCACCAGAAAUUCACUUAUUAGGUUUGCAAUGUCGUUUUUGGAGGUAGGGAAACCUGGGUUGUUGAGGUGGAUCCUGCAACAGAAGGACAUGUACUCCAGUGUCCUUCGUGGUCUUGGCAAUGAUGAUGACGAGAUUGUAGUUCAUGUCUUAUCCACAUUGCGUGAUAGGAUUCUCACUGAAGAAUCCUUAGUUCCCCCUGGCCUGCGUAGUGUUCUUUUCGGAAGUGUUACCUUGGAGCAGCUCAUCAGCAUUUCUGGAAGGGAGAAUGGAGGGCUCACUGCAGAGUUGGCUCACGGUAUCCUACUUAUAGUUUGUACGGAUCCCUCCAAUGGCUUGAUGCGUGAUAUAAAGAGAGGCACAAACACGUUGAAAGGUAAUGCGGCACGACUGGUGGGCCUCAUGAAGAAACUAAGAGCAGCAGAACUCAAGAAUCACAGAGACCUUCUUUUGGCUAUUGUUCAUGGAAGACCGUCUUUUGGAUCUGCAUACAUGGAAGAGUUCCCUUACAAUGUGGAAGAUCAUGCAUCACCACUAUGGCUUUCUGUUGCUUCUUUGGCAGCUGAUGUGGUUUCUUCAGUGGGUUCUGGCUUUCCUUUUGGUUUCCUUGAUUCUGCAUCUCGUGAUUCACCUUCUUUGAAUAGUGUAGACGUGCAGAAUGUCAUGAGAUCUGUAUGUCCUCAUUCAUACUGUCGAUCAGGUAUGAAUAAGGGCUUGCUUCACUCCGAUUUUCUUGUCAAGAAUGGCACUUUGAGGCUUCUUCUGGAGGCCCUUAAGCUCUUAAAUUCCUUUUUCAGUGCUUUGAGCCAUUGUUCUUGUGCUAGUGAUAGGGACAUGCAAACUUGGGAAUCUCUCAAGCAAGAAAUACGGAAUGAAAUCCGAACCUUGCUCCCUGAUCCCCAAGUCUUGGUGACUCUACUUUCUACUCUGAGCAGUAACUCUGGAAAGAGUGGCCAGAAUAAGAGAAUUCCAGAUUCGGAAUUACAUGACAGCAACAGCGUAAAGAAAUUGAAAAUGGAUAAUGUUCUUGAUGAUGGAGAUAUCAUUGUGAGCGGGAUUUCACUUAGUCCAAAAGCUGUGUUGCCUGGACAAAGUGAAAAAAAUGUGGAAACAGGGGACGAGUUGGGUGACGAAAAUAGUUUUGCAAAUGUUUUUUCUGAAAUAUGGGGGCUUGACCAGUCCCAGGUGCCUGUUUCUACCAUGCAGGAGGCAGAGAUAUAUUUUUACUCCAGGCUUGUUGAUGCUCUCCAGAUAUAUCUACAUAUGAUGCCUACAGUGUUGGAGGGGUCCUUUGAGUUCUUUGUCAGUCUUCUGCGCGAUGCUUUGGAACUGCCAACUAACUUGCUGAACUCGUUGCUGACUCUGCUGAAGGAGUAUAUCAGAUUGGCCCCUGGAAUUGGAUUGCCGCAGAAAAUUCCAAUGCUGAUGUACAAGCAUCUACAGACUUUUAUGUACUUAUUACUCUAUUCACCAAUUGGUAGCAUCCGGGAUCAAUCAUAUGAUCUGUCAGCGGCAGCUAUGUUGAGCACUGGUGCAUUUGAUAGGAAUCCACGAGAGGUUGAUGCAUGGUUCUUGUUUCUACCUGGUUUUUACGACAAUAAGUGUUCACUUGUCCUCCAACAAACUAAAGUUCUACCAACUUUAUCUCAAGCCGUCAUUUCUUUCCUUGCUGAUGCUAUUUCUACGGUUGGAAACAAUUUAUUCAAGUAUUGGGAUAGCAUCCGGAAUCUUAUCAACAAUUCAAAUGACCUCAAAGAUUAUUCGGAUAUUUCGCCUUCUUUCAGCCCUCUUGCUGUGUGUAUCCUUCAGAAGUGUUUGAGGGUGCUCAAGUCUGAGUCCAGUUCUUUUUCAUCAUGUGAGAAGACAAUGCUUUCAUUGUAUGUUUGUUGUACAUUGAAGUAUGUAUUGCAAACACAGGUAGAUGCAGGAUGCCUGUCUGCUGUACUUGUGUCACUGCUGUCUGGGAGCAUUGACAACUGCUCAAACAUGGUAGAUGGUUCUGGUGUUAUUCCAGCCGAAUGGGGACCACCCAGGAGUUUGCUGCUCUUUGCAGAGAGCAUACUGCGGGGUCAAACUUGUUGUUCUUUUACGAGUUAUGAGAAGGCCACACCUGCUGAUAGUUUUUUUUUAGGUACACUUGAUAAAAUGAAGAUAUCUCUGAGGAGAUGCCAGACCAUUGAAAGAGUAGGAAUUACUGAAAGGUUUUCUUCCUCAAUUAUGGGUACUUCACCAAAGCUGAUCGUAGAACAUUUUCCAGCUGUUGUAACCGUUGCACAGGAUAUCAGUGGAGUUUCUUUGUCAUUUUUGACUUCCUUAUUCUUUCUUGAACACAAUCUGCUCGCAGAUGUUUUUAGAUUAUGGCCUGAAAUGGUUAUUAGAGCUGUGAAAAUGAUUCUAGUCAAUGUCGGUUCUGAAGGCAGAAAAGACGAUGCUGGUGGGGUUUGCAGUCGAUCUUUUCAUUCUGAAGAACUGAAUUCUGGAGGUGGCACCGGCACAAGUGAAUCUUCUUCUGCUGCUUUUAGUUUCUUGUUGGGGCAGACACCUUUCCCUGUGCUGUUUCCUGCAAUUUUGUGCUUUGAUGACCCUUCUUUAGCAGAUUCUUUGGAAAUGAAAAAGUUGCUCCUUCAAAAAGCCUCUGAAGUGAACCUUGAGUGCCUCCUUUCCUAUAUACACUUUGUGCUAUUCUGGAUACAUCAGCUACAACUGUCUACAGGAAGUAUGUCAUCAGUUCAACUCAGAAAAUCUUUUGAGAUCUGCAUUAGUCUACUAAAUCACAUUUUGUCUCUACUAUGGAGUUUGAAACUUAAUAGUGGUUUUCUAGAGAAGGAUGAACUGAUCCCGUUACCAGACUAUGUCCAAGAAGCAGUUGGAUGCAUCUUCUCUCAUCCUGCAUCAAUGGCAUUCUUGACCUGUCCGAUGGGCUGCAAUGAGAUGUUAGCCAAGGAAGAUGUUCUGGAAAAUUUCUUUGCAACCUUUGAUUUAUCCAGUAAAAGAUCUCUUGAGAAAGACUUCUGUUGCUUUGGUUUACUGGAAACAGUUUCUGCUUUUUUCUUGUCUUUAGUUGAGAAUCACUCCUCCUUUAUCAAUGUGGAAACUGGUGCAACUAGACAACUUGUGAAGGGUUUUGAAUCUCUGGUACAUAGGCUUCUUAUUGGGUUCAAGAAUGUGCUUAAUCUGUGCAUUCAGACACAAAACUUCAGACCCCUUCUGCCAACUUAUCAUGCUCUGAAUACUUUGAAUCGUCUUAUAUCCCCAUUUGAGGUGUUCAAGUUGGUCUGGUCUGUGUUCAAUAUAAUUGACAUGAAUGACACAACAAUCUCUGAAUCCUGCCGGAUAUCUAUUGUUUAUAUUGGAUGUCGUUUUGCUGCCAAUGCUUUUGAAUCUCUCGGUAUAUAUUUGCAGCAGCAAACCAAGAAAAGAUCACAAUAUGAUUCAUUAUGGAGGACUAGAGAUCAACAUUUUAAUGCUGAUAUUAUUGAAGAUAUUUAUUUGAAAGUAUUUGAACUUUCCAGUCUUUAUGAAACAGAUAUUACUGAUAUUUGUUUGCUGGAAGCUAUUACCGCUGCCUGCCGACUGAAAUCCAUGCAGCAUCUUAAUGUACAUCCUCUGAGUUCUGUACUUUUGAGGGUCAUAGUGAGCACUCCAGCGCAGAUGGUUUCUUAUUGCAUUAGUGGGAUGAGUAUGAUGAGAGCUAAAGUUUUGUUUCUGCUUACUCAGUUGAGCCCUCUGCAUCUGUCAAUCUUUGGGUGCAUGCUUUCAGGUAUUCUGACUCCUGAGGGCAAUCUGAAGUAUAAGAACCAUUGCAGAGAUCUUUCAAACGAGGACUUUCUGAUGCUCAUGCCAACUGCUUUGUCAUUCAUGAAUUCGAUUUUUUUGAGAUAUGGGAAGCAAUGCUACUGGAAUUUCAGAUAUAUACCUCUAUUUUUCUCCAGUCUUCUCUUAAAUGGUUUCCGUGAAUGGAAAAGUUUUGUGUCCAAGUUUGUAUUUGAGGAAGGAUAUGGUGAGUUCAAAAUAUCUUCCGCAGACGAACUCCUCAAUUUUGUGAAAAACAGUUCUCUUGGGAAAGCAGUUCAUAUGUUACAUUAUCACUUUGUCUUGGACGCCGAUUCCCUGAAUAUUAAGAAGAAAAUGGAGCUAUUUGAUUCAGUUUUACCAGAUUGUGAGAGUCAUAGUGACUUGCUAGAUUAUGAUUGGAGGGAUUUAAAUUGUAGUUCAGUUAAGGAGAUUUUGAAUCUUAUAAAUAGAGUUUUGGCAAAGAUAUUGUUAUGUAGGAUGUUGUUAUUUCCCAGCGACAAUCGUACGCUGUCUUUGACAAAUAAAGCACCAGAAUGCUCAAACGAGAACUCUCAGGUGAUAAAAGCAGGUUUGGAGUCAUCAAGGAUGCGUUUUUUGUGCAUUUUGGUGAGUUCUUGGGAGCAGAUUGUUAAAAGAUUCCGUUUAGAUUCUACUUCUGAAAAGGAGAAAAACGGAGAAUGUGAAUCUUUGUACAAAUAUUUGGAAGAGUUGAUGUUGAGAAGCAUUUUCGAGCUGAUAACAGAGAUGCAGGAUUAUCUUGUUCAGUUGAAGCUCAUUCCCUUCAUGAGACAGUUGAUAAGAACCUCUCUUCUCUAUAGAUUUGAGGAUCCCAUAUCUUUGAACUUACUUACGAAUAUUUUAACUCUAUUAUGCAAAGGGCAAUUUUUAUGUGCGCCAUAUCUGCAGCUGCUACUUGCGCACUCUCAGUUCCCGUCUAUAUUGCACUCUAUGCCCAAGUCAUCACAUUCUUUACAUCUUGGAGCAUUUUUGAGACCCAUGUCCAGCAUUCUUAGGUCAGUUGCCGUUCCUCGCAUCAAUCAAGUUUCCCACAUCAGCAAAAGAGAUCGAGAAUCAAACAAGCAUAGCGUAAAGAGGCUCGAAGUUCUCCAGUUGCUCAGAAUUCUGAUUCAUUUCAGUUUCAGUGGCUCUGGCAGCGAAAUUGAUUUGGGACGUGAGGAUGGCAUAAAUUUUCAACGACUGCAUUCAUUUAUUCUGUCUUCUUAUGGCGCGACCCUUGGUGAAAGUGAUCUUAAGUUAUUCAACUUGUUAAAAGAGAUAGACUCUAGUGCUGGAUCAGAGUUGGUAAAGCUCACUGAUACAAAUUACCUGUGGGGAAGUGCUGCCUUGAAAGUGAUGAAAGCAUGGGAUUUGGGGCAAAACGUGUCAUCUGAUGUCAUGACCGAUGCUGAAACAGAUGAAUACCGGAGACUGCAAUUUAGGGAAAAUCUUCCUAUUGAUCCCAAGUUAUGUGCCUUGACUGUAUUAGAUUUUCCUUACGAUAGAGCUGCAAGUGAAGAGCCUUCUUUCUUGAACAAGUUCCAGAUUAAUAACUCUAAAGAUGUGAUCCAUAUACCUGCUGUUGAGAGGAAGCACGGAUAUGAUCCGGUUUUCAUUCUGCAAUUUUCGCUUCAUAUUCUACCAAUAGGCUUCAUUGAGCCAGUGGAGUUUGCUGGUCUAGGGUUGCUAGCUGUUGCUUUUUCCUGCUUAUCUUCACCUGAUGAUGGGAUAAGGAAAUUAGCUUAUCAAACUCUCGCCAGUUUUAAGAUUGCUUUAGAGAAGUGCCAAAAGAAGAAGGGCAUCGUUCACCUUCGUCUCUUGUUGAACUAUGUGCAAAAUGGGAUUGAAGAACCCUGGCAAAGAAUUCCUUCUGUUGUUGCCGUCUUUGCAGCGGAGGCAUCUCUAAUAUUAUUGGAUCCAUCAAAUGAUCAUUAUUAUACACUCAGUAAGUUCUUGAUGCGCUCUUCCAGGAUAAAUACGAAGUCUGUGCCACUGUUCCAUGAGUUCUUGUGGAGUAGCUCUGUCAAUUUCCGAGCUGAAAGAAUUUGGAUAUUGCGACUUGUAUAUGUGGGUCUUGGCGUAGAUGAUGAUGCCCCGGUUUUUAUGAGGAACUCCAUUUUCGAGAAUCUGCUGAGCCUUUAUGCUUCUCCAUUUUCAGAUAAUGAGUCCAAAGAACUCAUUCUUCAGAUAGUUAGAAAAUCAGUUAGAUUGCGAAAGAUGGCUUGUCAUCUGGUGGAGCACUGCGGUUUGUUUUCAUGGCUAUCAUCUGCCGUUCCUCAUAUCAUUGAGAUGCUGUCUGAAGACGAAAACGGUUUCUACUUUGAUCAAUUGGUGGUGAUAUUAGAGGUCACCAAUAAUAUUAUCUUGUCCAGAAAUAUUACAGAGUGGUUGCAGAAACAUGCUCUCGAGCAGCUCUCAGGACUUUCUUCUCAUCUGUUCAAGUUUCUGUCACACAAAGCAAAAUUGAUAAGAGAGAAUGCUUUGGUUAUUAAUUUGAUCCUCCAGAUUUUGGUAACAACCCUGAAGAUAUCUCAGGAAAGGAUGAUAUUCCAGCCGCAUUUUACCCUUGCCAUCGAGGGUCUUUUUCAUAUAUAUGAAGCCGUUAAGUUGUGUGACAGCACCCGAGCGUUCUCAAGUUCUGAAUUUGGCCUUAGGUCUAUACUAAUGAAUGCUCCUCCUCCAUCAUUUAUUGACAUGGAUGAAGAAAAGCUUUUGAAUUUUGUUCUUUGGGAAAUCUCUGUUGCCUUGAAAGCCGACUCCUCAGAAAUUCUUCAUCCUGGAGGAUCUCAUAUCAGUUUAACAAUCUCCUCAGAGGAAGAAAUAUGUGAAGAUUCUUUGGCGUCAAAGCUUCUUCGCUGGUUGGUGGCAUCUGUAAUUCAUGGGAAGCUUUCUGAUAGAUCCACAUAUACGGAUGCGAAAUAUCCACAAAGACCUGAUCCGAAAGUGAUAAAUUCAUUGUUACAAUUUGUCAAAGAAACAAGUAGAGGAAGAAGCCGAAAUACAUCUGGAACUGGAAAGGCGUUAGCUGCUGUGAUUUUGUACCUUCAACAGCUUCUUGGCAUGGAUUGCAGAGUUCUUCCAUCUGUGGUGUCUGCACUUUGCCUUCUACUGUACGGUUUCUGCGAUAUCGCGGUGACUGAAUCAGAUCUCUUGCUCGACGGUACUCCUGUGGCAUCACAACUGUCGAAGAUAAGCUGCCCUCUUGAAGCUAAUCCUGCUUGGAGAUGGUCGUUUUAUCAGCCAUGGAAGGACUUGUCGUCGGAGAGGACGGAUUUGGAGAGACUGGAUGAAUACCAUGCAUGUCAGACCUUGCUACUUGUGAUAUCAAACACGCUCCGGGCAAGCUCUACGAAUUCGCUCUCUUUAUCGCCUCGGGAUGUCGAGAGAUGCGGUGUAUACGAAUGGGAAAGGAGUGUCGUGGAGAAUAGCUUGUGUACAGAUUGAAUAGCAUGGAACCCCAUAAAGCCAAUUUUGUCAAAUCUUGAUUCCAGUGUUCAGCACAUCAUCCUCAUGAGAU